AUGGUACAAACGGCGGGCCUCUCGCGGGCCUACGCGGUCCUUCGGCAGCUCGAACUGCUGCGCCAGCAAGACGUGCUCGACCCGCUGCCGCCCGACCCUGACGCGGAGGCCGGCAGCUGGCGGCCGGCGCCUGCGGCGUCCCCGUCGUCGGCUGCCCGCCACGCCGCGGAGACGCGGUCUCGGCGGGGCGCGUCCCUCGUCACCGCCCCCCAAGCAGGGAGCAGCGGCCGAGGGCCGGCAACAGCACACGCACCGCGGCGCGCCGGGGCCGAGGCCGAGUCGAGGGAGCUGACUUCGACGCGCGCCGUCGACUCGCCAGUCGUGGACGGUGGAGGCAGGGAGCCGCGGCUGGUGGAAGCGUACAGCUACGACACCAACGAUCUCGCGGCGACGGGGAGGCGGCUUUCGCCGCACCCCUCGAUGGAAGGAAGGAAUCAAGCGCUGCAGCGUGUGCUUCAGGAAAUUGUGGCGCUGCGGAAGCAGGCCGCGGCAAAGGCAGGGAGCUCCAGCCACGGCGACGUGUGUAGUCCACCGCAGCAGGCGACGGGGGAAAUGGACGGCGGUGUUCCGUCUGCCUCAAAGAGCAGCGUCAGGCAGGCGCUGCCGCGGCUACUGUCGCCGUCGCGGGACACCGCUGAGGAGGGGGAGGUUUUCUUCGAUGACUUUCCCUCCGCGCUUGCCGCACGUGCCCGCAGCACACAGUGGCGUGAGGAGGGAAAACGCCCUGAGGAGAGGAACGGAACUCAGCGGCGUCACGGCCACGAAGUCUCCUGCGCUGGUGACGGCGGGGCGGGGGAGGAGGCGUGUGACGAGGCCCCGCACACAAGCAAGGGGGCGGAGAGGCAGCAGGAUUCCGCCGUCGCUCCACCGGCACACAGCCCGCCGAGGAGGACGAGGGACGUGCUUACCUCCUCAGCUGUGCGUGAGUACACCACGUCCCUCCUGCGCCAGCGUCAACGGCGCCUGGAGGAGGUCCACGGUGAGAUUCAACAGCAACGGGCGGACCAGCGCCAACGCAGCAGUGCUUUUGACCCAAAUAAACAACCCGAGCUGACCCUGUCGACAGCCUUUUUCUCGCCCAUUGCCCGCGUUGCGGAUCCUGACGAGGGCCUCUCGCCGCUUCCCAGUCGAGGUCUGGACUUUGACGCCGAGCAGAGGGAGGUUGUGAGUCCACCACUGACUGCAUUCCUUCAUGAGGUGACAACCAUGGGGUCAGCUGAGAUGCAAGAGAAGCUGCGUGGGAUGGAGGGCUGCUGCGAUGGCUCUGCGGGGCGAUGUCGGCAGUGGUUCGCACUCACGGCUCUUGCGAACACGCACGACGCCGUUCGCCACAUCAUGCUCCCACUGCUGCUUGCAGAGUUGGCGGAGCAGGCUGAAUCGAAGGAAGAGGACGCAGGUGACGCCAAUUCGCGUAUGUCGCACAUUCUUUGCGCCUUGAUCGGCUUUGGAGGGCUGGCUGCAAGUGCCCUUCCACUGCUGCUUGAAACGCUCACGCACGCUGUUGGGUGUCCUAGGCUUGUGGCCCUUGCGAUACGGGCCGUGGGCGGCGAUGAGGGUCUGCGUGCGCUGUGUCGCGUGGCACGCUGCGAUCGCAUGCACCCUGGCGUCCGGGCGGCCGCCGUCUACGGCAUUAGUACGCUGGCCUACCCUGUGCUGGGCCACACGACGGUGUACUGCGUCGGUGCGCCUGGGCUGAGUGGCGUGCUUGUCUUCUACCAGCCGCCGGUGCCAGCGAGUUACAUGGAGGUGGGGACCGACGGCGAGCGACGCCGGGAGCCGUCGCUGCAGCGCCCACCGCCGUAUAGACCCACGCACAUUAUACUGAGUGCUGAGGUGAUGCGCAAGCAACUCAUUCAGUUCACCGCCACAAGGAAUUUUAGACGCGCCACGAGCAGCUAUGAAACCCUGCCGCUAGUUCUAAGCGAUUUUGCCCGCGAUGCGCCUGAGGCAUGCCGGCAGCAGGGCCUGCCUGACGAUGUGCAGGAGGCGCUGCAUCAGUGUGCGCUUGAGCUGGACGACGUGUCGCAUGCAUCGCCCCGUGUGCUGCCAUUUUCGUACGACCCACACUAUGCUGGUCGUGAGGAGGAGUUGUUUGCCGUGGAGGAGGUCCUCAUGACGAUUCUCCACAACCGAAGAACACCGCUGAGUGUGGUGGAGCAGACACUCGUGUCCGUCGCCUCGCUACCGGAUUUUGCCACGACGCAUGCUGCGUCGCCAGUCCUUGAUUACGUCAUUCGCUCUGUCUCACACUUUGAACAGCAGGGCGGGGGCGCCAUAGACGGGGAAGAGAGUGUUCUUGUGGCGGGGCUCGUGGCACUGGGGCGGCUGCUGCGAAAUGAGGGGACCUCGCCCAGCGUGAUAGACACCGCCUGUGGUGUGCUGCUGCAUAACUUGUCCUCGCCGUCGUGUCGGCUGCGACACGCUGCCUGCGUUGGACUCGGUGAGGUGGGCGCCGUGUCGAAUAGACCGGGGGACAUCGCCCGCGCCCUCACCGCGGCCCUGAACGAUGCUGCGAUGAAUCACGAGACCGUCGCAUGGGCGCUCACCCGUCUGGGCCUCCGCGGCGUGCGGCUGCUGCUGGACCGCAUCGCCCCUCCUCCUCCUGCUCCUCCUGCUGCUGUUGGUAGUAGUAGUGGCGGCAGUAACAGGCGGGACACCAGUGACGACGGUCGGCGUCACUCUGUGGAGGUUCUCCCGGCCUCUGUACGCAUGCUGUGCGCUCGGGCGCUGGGGAAGGUUGACUUCUUGACCGUUUCGCUCGGCGUCCACGAGGACGCUCGCCGACUGCGGGAGGAGUUGAUGCGAAGCCUCGCCGCGAUCCUCGCAGCUGCCCAGGUGGAGGAGGAGGUCGCGCUGGAGUGCGCCUACGCCCUUGGAGAGGCGGCGGGCACGUGCGUCGACGGCGGGACACCGGCGCCGUGCCGGGAGGAGGAGGAGGCGGCAAGCUACUACCGCAGCGAGACCCCGAAUGAGGCCUUUGCGGUGCUUAAGGGGCUUGUCGAGGCGGUUCUGCUUCCCCUCCCUGUGGAGAAGGCGCUGUUUUACGCACUUUGCUGCUAUGGCGGGGCGCACGGGGAGCUGUACGUCUCACAGACAGCCAUUCAAAGCUCCCUCGUGGUGCUGCGCGCCGCCGCGGCGUUCGCGCUGCGGGUGUGUGGGGGCAAAGUCAUCCGCACCGUUGUGCUGGCGCUCAACGAUGACGACGCCGGUGUGCGGCUCGAGGCGUUUGACACGUUAGACGCUAUUGGUGUUGAGGCCGUCCUGGCCGUUCUGCGGUUGCGUCCCCACCAACACACCCAUCAGGUGGUUGCGGCGCUGCGGGACUGCCUGCUGCGGGACCUGGGGCGCGAGACAAGGCGUCAGGCAGCCCAGGACCUCUACGCGGCGCUGUUGAGGGCUUGA